UCCGACCAGUUUGGGGAAAGAAAUAUUUUUAUCAUGAUCAGCACUGAUGAUUGUUGCAUUUGGCCGACUAUAGAGGAUUCAGAUAGUUCUGAAAGUGAGUGUGAACUAAAAAAGCAAAACACUGAUGAUAACAACCUAUGUGGCAUUACAGAAGAUGAAAUUAAUGGAGAUUUCCCUCAACUGCCUCAGUUUCAGCAUUGUGAGAAUAGUGACAGUGAAGAUGAAAUUUUGAACAAAGAAGAUACAAAGAAAAAAAAUCCCUAUUUAGCCCAUAUGUCUGGUGUGAAAAAGUAUGAAAACCGCCUUCGAGAACUUCAUUUAAAAAGGAAUGAGGCAAGAAAAUUAAAUCAUCAAGAAGUUGCAGCUGAAGACCAGCAAAAAAAACUUCCAAAGAAUUUUGAAGCACGUCGUAAAAGGGCAGAAUGGGAGUUAAAUGAUAAAGCUGCACGUCAGAGUGCACUUGAGAAUGGUGAGAAUUAUGAUGAAAUAAAGCUUUUAGAAGAGACAGCUGAUGACAUCGACAGAUUUGAGAGAAAAAAAAGAAAAAAAAAUAAUCAAGAUCCUGGAUUUAUAGAUUACGCUACCUCACAAUUAAGACAAUAUGAUCGAUUGACCAAACAAAUGAAACCAAAUUUAGAAACGUAUCAACAAACCAAAAAAAAGAUGGGUGAUUCUAUAUUUCCCGGAGCACACAAUCUAAUGUAUGGUGGCAAAAAUAGGCCUUCAGAAGAAGCUAUUGAUCGGAUGGUUGGGGAUCUUGAACAACAAAUUGCAAAGCGUUCGAAAUAUCAUCGCAGACGUCAACACCAUGAGGACGCUGAUGUAGACUACAUUAACGAAAAGAAUAUGAAAUUUAAUCAGAAAGCAGAACGUUACUACGGGCAGUAUACCCGAGAAAUUAAGGAUAAUCUUGAGCGUGGAACUGCUAUAUAAAUGUAUGAACGUCUGUUUGAUAACAUUGUUAGAAAUGGUUUUUCUACCAAUGAUUUGAUACCAUUGGUAGAAAAACAUUUGUUUUAUAAGUAGAAUACUAAAAACAUUACGGACGUUAUGACAGCAACCAUCCGUCAUUGCCAAGUAAUCUUAUCGAUUUUAACUAAAUAAGUUUUAGAAUAUAUAAAUCUAAACGAAUGUGAAA